UACAAACAAGCGAUACUAAAACAAACUUUCAUGUGCUAAAAUGGAGCUAGACAGGACAGAAAAGAAUAGUGACUCUGUUCUUAACGAACUGGUUUGCCCCGUGUGCCUGGAUCUGUAUGAUCAUCCUGUGACCCUUGAGUGUGGUCACAACUUCUGUAAGUCUUGUAUUAAUAGGGUACUUGAUGUACAACCGGAUGCCUCGUGCCCUCAGUGCCGAAAGCGUCUUGCGGUCAGAAAAUACACUACCAACAGGACAUUAGAAGCGGUUACAGCCAAAUGGCGGAGUAGGCACAGUGUGGACAGAGGAAUCUACUUUAGGAUUAGUAACGUAAAUGUAAGCGGCGAUAUCAGCUCACAAGCUCUUCCCAGCCCGGUAGAAGAGGAUUUAAAACACAAUGUUUCUUUAAACGAAGGUGCCACGUCCGUGGAGGAAUUUCCGACAGAUGCAAACACAUCAGAAAAGAAUUACUUCUAUGAAAAGGAGAAUGCAGAGAAGUCAGGUAGUCCAGAAGUGAAGAGCUUUCCAGAACCACAGGAAGCUAUUGUGGAGAGCAAUGGAACAUGUCAUCAAGUGCCUAGAAGAAAAGCAGUAAUAUGGAAACGUAGCAAAUCAUUUGUGUCAUUAGAAGAGUCCCCACAAGGAACAAGCUUAACUGAAAUGUCAGACUCUAUAACCACAACUGAUGGCCAGGAAAAAAGUAAUUUAGAGUUGCUUGUCCAUACUGAAUUUGCCGCAUUGCAUGAAAUUCUUAAUCAACUUCAUGAACAUCUUCAUACUAAAGAACAAAGGCUUAUAGAAAACAUCAUGAGUGGAAAGCCUAUGGCUCAGAAUGAAGUACUGGAAACUCUGUACAGCAUCAGAACUACAAGCAAUGCCAUUCGGAAAGCAGUAUCUGAUUCCAUUAGUCCUUCUUUGGAAUCCAAAGAUGCUCCUGAAUAUCACAAGAAACACCGACAAAAUUCCCUGCCCACAGUUGCAGCAACAACCUCAGUGACAUUCACAGAGUAAACAGAAGCAUAUUGUACAGCUCAAACAGAAAUCAACGUGCUGGUUAGAAAUGAGAAACUUAAGCGUGGAAUGAAGAUGUAGAGUCCAGAAAUUAUGAAUUUAUUAUUCUAUAAACUGUCCAUUUCCCAUAACUGUAAUCCCGUUUAUCAUUAUGUGUAGGGUAGAAAAGGAGUCGCACUUUAUAAAUGUUUUCAGACUGUUUUUUCUGUCUCUUUGAUAUGUUCUUAGUUAUUUACUAAAAAGCCAAACAGUGAUUGUAUUUCUGUCAGCUAAAACUGAAUUUGUAGUAGAGCAACAUUAGUUUUGAACCUUUAGACUGCUGGAAUGCAGGGAGAGGAGAAGCAACAUGCUAGUAAUGGUAGACUAUUAUAAAAAGCCAGUGAAAUCACUGCAUCAAGGAACUACAGUAAAGUGACAGUCACACAACCUGAUCCGAUCCUUCUAAAAUAGAGAAUUCACAAUGCGACACUUAGAUCACAGACAGUAACACCUGUAGGUAUUUAUCAGGUCACUAAAGCAUUCAAAAACAAUGAUGUGGGAUGCUAUAAUAAGACUGUAAAGACAGGGCAUGCACAGAACUAUAAAUUACUUUGCUUAUUUCUGCCUGAUAGUAGUAAUAUUACUGUUGUACUAUGAUGUUUGCCUUAUUAACAUUUAUUUAAAUUGUACUGAUGAUCUAUACUGAUACUUCUUAGUCUCAUGUUCUGUUAUUAAUCUUCACUGGAGGUACCCAUAUAAAUUAGAUAAGUAUGAGAAUCAUUUACGGAUCAUAUUCAGUGAGCACCAACAAGGAUACUCAAAAGAUAAAUAGAAAGUCUUAGUUUCUUUUGUCUGACUAAAGCAGUUUCUGUUCUAAGCAGGCUUGAUUGUAUUCUUUCUUGAAAGAUCUCAGCAUCAUUCAGAUUGUUUAGAAAUGAAAGAAAAAAGGGAAACCCUAAGAGGUGCACAAUAUGGGAGAAGCAUAGUCCUGUUUUCCUGAGGGACAGAAACUAGGGACAAAACUGGGCAUGCAGAAGGGGGUGGGCAGGGGCUGGAUAAGAACAUGGAAGCUGGCAUGAAGAUAUUGAGUCUGUUUUUGUUUUAGUUAACAGUUCUGCACAGAGCUUAAUCUAAAGUUCUACCAUAAAAGGAAAUGUCUGUUUUACUGGCUAUUUUUGGGUUUAAUCUAGAAUCGUAGAUAUAUUUGAAAAUAAGCUCAUUAAUCUUGCUUUUUACUUCUCAGUUAUUGCAUAAACCCUAACAUAUCUUUCUACAGUCAUUAAAUAUGUUUUCACAAUAUGCACUGUCUUUCCAUAAAGAUUAUUAUUAUAUCCUCCCACACUUUACUUUCUUUGUCAUUUCUAUAAUUAUAUUUUCCAUUUCUCUUCUUUUUUCCCUUGCACCAAACAUUGUACCUAGUGUCUAAAAUUAAACUUUAUUUAAUUUCACCACUUUCUAUUAUACUUUUCAUAUCUGUAGCGUUAAGCUCAUAUUCUUUAACUUCUAUAUUACUAAUCCAAAAUAUUCCUCAGCCAUAGCUUUAUUUAUGAGUGUACCAAAACAACUCGAAGGCAGCUUACGAUAAAAUAACUUUAAUAAUUUACUGUAAGUUGCCUUCACUUUGUUUUGGUACACUUGUUCAUGUGUCUUCUGAUAAGUGUUUUAUUGAGUGAACCAUUAAUCCUUUCCGCUUGUAUUUUUAUUUAUGUGGCUUUACUGCUUUAUUUAUGAUAAACGGGACAUCACAUGCAUAUGUUUGUACUAUAAGAGGGUAUGUAGUCUUUCCUAUUUCUAAUACCCAGUCAUUUUUUCUCUGUUUGGUGGUCCUUACUGUCUCAUUCCUACUUACUGCAAACAGCUAGCCCUUUCCAUGUUUUCACCAAUGCAACUAUUUAUUAAUGGCCUGCAUAUUAACUGAUAAUCUAUUUUUAUACCAUUCUAUGUAUUUACAUCUCAUUUUAGAUUUUCCUGAGUCAGUCAGUAAUACAUUCUUAUUGACAUUAUUGAGGGCAUUACUAAUAUCUGGUUUGAAUAUACUGCUUUGUCUCUUCACUUCUACAGUUUGUGAUUUCGGGUAUGGUUAUCCGUUUUUCCUUAUUCCUUUUACUUUCCCAUUUGAUUCAAAUUCCUUGUAUAGCUCUUUAUUUAACAAUUUGUCUAACCUUUUUGCAGUAUUUUACAUAACAACUUAUAAUCAUAAAAAACAUAGCCGUCUCCAGUUAUCAAGACUGUCUUCAUUUUAUAUUUGGAUAUUUGGAUCAAAAGAUUGUCUUCAUUUUAUGUUUUACAUUUACUAUAUGUUCUUCUUUCAUAACAUUUAUUUCUGUAGUCUUUUAUAAAAUGUUUAUCUUUUUUCUGUCUGCUUAGUGUUAUUUCAUCCAGGUUUUUUUAUAUAUAUCUAUCUAGCUAUAUAUAUAUAUAUAUAUAUAUAGAGAGAGAGAGAGAGAGAGUUACCUUCAUUCUUCUAUAUUUGUUUUAUCCAUUAUGGCUUUUGCUGUUUGCAUAACCUUUUCUUUUUGUCUUGUUUACUCACCCACAGCUUUUUUUUAUUGAAUUUUGUCUAUGUGUUCUUUCUUUUAGAAUCCUCAGUACCCUAAUUAUCUCUCUUCUUUCUUUUCUUGCAAUAAAUUAUACUACAUCACCUUUUUUCUUUUUUAUAUAUUUGCCUCAUUCAACUGUUCUUUUUUGAUGGAUUCAUACAUUCAUUAUUUAUGUAGUUUGAUAUUUUUUAUCAUGUUUCUUUUCACUGAUGCAUCAAAAAAUGCAUACCCUUAUCUCAAUUUUUCUUUCUUUCUUUAUGUUUUGUCAUAUACCAUGCACACAUUAUUUUGUUUUCAGUUUUUCCAUCAAUAUAUCUUACUUUGGUAAAACAUUUUCAUAUUUGCUGAUCUUUCCCUAGUUAUACAAAAUAAUUCUGUUUUGGUUAUAUCAUAAUCCAGUUUAAAUAUUCAGUCUUGUUUCUUUAUUCCACAUCUUACCAAAUUUUAUUUUUUAUGG